GCCCCCGCGAGCCCGUGCCGCGGCCAUGAAGGCGCGUGCCCUGCUCACCGCGCUCACCGCAUGCCUCGCCGCCUCCAUCGGACGUGCGGAGAAGAGCAAGUUCUAUUAUAUGGACUCGCUAUGCAAGGACCAUUUCCUACAGCGACAAUACCGGAAAUUGGAUGGCGGAGUCUUAUGGUCCCGCAAUGAGCGUAACCUGGACUGCACGGUCACGUUCCAGACGCACAGCAUUCUGCAGCGUUUUAUGCUGCACUUCGACCUACUGCAGCUCGAUUGCAACGACCACCUCUACGUGUACGAUGGCGCACACGCCACCGCACCACCGAAGGCGGACCUAUCCUGUCGCAAUACAAAGCAGCAAGUCGGCGCGCUGUUCACGCGCAGCAACUUUGUCACCCUCAAGUACGUGACCGACAACUGGGGCACCGACGCCAACGGGUUUAAGCUCGUCAUCACCGCCGUUAAGGACCCCAAACAUGGAUGCAAGGAGUUCCGGUGUAAGCAGCGUGAGUUCUGCGUGAGCGCAGACCUGACCUGCGAUGGCGUCGACCACUGUGCCGACGGAUCUGACGAAGACACCGCCGCGCUCUGCCCCGAGAGCGGAGGCGGCGGUGGCAGCAGUACGUGGAUAGCGAUAGUGGUGGGCGCAGCGGCUCUGCUGGCGUUAGUGGUGCUGCUGUUGUUGUGCUGCUAUUGCCGCGGCCGAGCGCCCACCAGGCGAACGCAUUUACAUUUGCAACAAAUGGCGAGCAGCAACGGCGCAGGCGGCGGCGGCAAGGGAGCUGGCCCCGCUGCCUCGCCCGCCACAAGGCUGCCGGGAAACUGGGCGCACCCUGCGGGCCCGCGCGGUUCCUGAUCAGACUACAACUGCUGGCUCGCACCACCCAAGAAUAGUGUUUUUAUUAUUUUAAG